AUGGCCCCGCGGCUGCAGCUGGAGAAGGCGGCCUGGCGCUGGGCGGAGAUGGUGGGGCCCGAGGAGGUGUCGCAGGAGCACAUCUGGCUGGAGCCCUGCAUCCGCGGCGUGUGCAGACGAAACUGCAAAGGAAAUCCGAAUUGCUUGGUUGCAAUCGGUGAGCACAUUUGGUUAGGAGAAAUAGAUGAAAAUAGUUUUCAUAACACUGACGACCCCAACUGUGAGAGGAGAAAAAAGAACUCAUCUGUGGGCCUCACUAACCUAGGAGCUACUUGGUAUGUCAACACGUUUUUUCAAGCGUGGUUUCUUAACCUGGAGCUUCUGCAGGCGCUCUACUUAUGUCCAAGCACCUAUAGUGAAUACAUGAUGGGAGGUGGUAUCCAAGAAGAGAAAGAUGAGCCUCAAGAAAUUUGUGAGCAUCUCCAGUACUUAUUUGCCUUGCUGCAAAUCAGUAAUAGGUGCUACAUUGAUCCAUCAGGAUUUGUUAAAGCUUUGGGCUUGGACACAGGGCAGCAGCAGGAUGCCCAAGAAUUUUCAAAGCUCUUUAUGUCUCUCUUGGAAGAUACUUUGUCUAAACAAAAGAAUCCCGAUGUGAGGAACAUUGUCCAACGGCAGUUCUGUGGGGAAUAAGCUUAUGUAACUGUCUGCAAUCAGUGCUGCAGAGAAUCUAAGCUUUUAUCAAAGUUUUAUGAACUGGAGUUAGAUAUCCAAGGCCACAAACAGUUAACAGAUUGUAUCUCAGAAUUUUUGAAGGAAGAAAAAUUAGGAGACAAUCGGUACUUUUGUGAAAACUGUCAAAGCAAACAGAAUGCAACAAGGAAGAUCUGACUCCUUAGUCUUCCUUGUACUCUGAACUUACAGCUAAUGCGUUUUGUCUUUGACAGGCAAACUGGACAUAAGAAAAAGCUGAAUACCUACACUGGCUUCUCAGAAAUUUUGGAUAUGGAGCCUUAUGUGGAACACAAAGGUGGGUCCUAUGUGUAUGAACGCAGUGCAGUCCUCAUACACAGAGAAGUGAGCGCUUAUUCUGGUCACUACAUUGCCCAUGUGAAAGAUCCACAGUCUGGUGAAUGGUAUAAGUUUAACGACGAAGACAUAGAAAAGAUGGAGGGGAAGAAAUUACAACUAGGCAUUGAGGAAGAUCUAGCAGAACCUUCUAAAUCCCAGACAUGUAUACCCAAGUGUGGCAAAGGAACUCACUGCUCUCGAAAUGCGUACAUGUUGGUCUAUAGACUGCAAACUCAAGAAAAACCCAACAUAACUAUUCAGGUACCAGCCUUUCUUCAAGAGCUGGUAGAUCGGGAUAAUUCCAAAUUUGAGGAGUGGUGUAUUGAAAUGGCUGAGAUGUGUAAGCGAAGUGUGGAUAAAGGAAAAGCAAAGCAUGAAGAAGUUAAGGAGCUGUACCAAAGAUUACCUGCUGGAGCUGGUCUGUAA